UUACCUCAUUCCUCCGUCACGUGUUCCUUCUCUCCCUCCGCCUAGAGUAACAAGAGUUCCCUGCGUGUUUCGUUUCUGUUCACUGUCGACCGCCACAGGGUAGGGCUCGGUCAGCCACAGAAACCUCCACCGGCCACUUUCACCGUUGUACUUCUUCCACGUCCACGCACAGAGAAGGUCCGUUAGCGCCGUCGACCUCUGACCAGCCAACAUCGCCGUCGGCCCUGCUUUCUCUCUCACGGUUAAAAGGUUUCACCCCGGGUACGGGGCGUGACAGAGAAAGUUAUCGAGAAUGGCAGAAGACAAGUUAGUAAUUAAGACAUUUACGGAUUUGGGAGUAUGUGACAAAUUGGUGGAGGCUUGCGAAAAUCUGGGAUGGAAAACUCCAUCGAAGAUACAAGCCGAAGCAAUUCCUCACGCGCUUCAUGGAAAAGACUUGAUUGGGCUAGCACAAACAGGUUCGGGUAAGACAGGAGCUUUUGUUCUUCCCAUUUUGCAAGCCCUUUUAGAAUCUCAACAAGCAUUCUUUGCUUGUGUGGUGUCCCCUACGAGGGAACUUGCAAUUCAGAUUGCCGAUCAGUUCAAAGCGUUAGGAUCAGGCUUUGGCAUUAAGUGUGCAGUGCUUGUUGGAGAGGAAGACAUAAUGGAACAGUAUAUCAACCUUGCAAGGCUUCCACACAUUAUUGUCGGAACGCCGGGACGCCUUGUCGAUCAUCUAUCCAACACAAAAGGUUUUUCCUUUCAUGCAUUGAAGUAUUUGGUUUUGGAUGAGGCGGAUUGCUUAUUGGAGGACAAAUUUCAGAAGUCGAUCGAUGAGAUUUUAGAUGUUGUCCCUCGUGAGCGGAAAACAUAUUUAUUUUCUGCCACAAUGACACGAAAGGUUCAGAAGCUCCAAAGGGUUUGUUUAAGAAAUCCUGUGAAGAUUGAAGUAGCAUCUAAAUAUUCAACCGUCGACACACUAAACCAGCAUUAUUACUUGGUGCCUUCUAAGUACAAGGAUUGCCAGCUUGUAUAUAUUUUGGGUGAGAAGCGUGGAUUUUCAACAAUGGUUUUUACGCGUACAUGCGGCGCAACACGUUUGAUUGCUCUGUUUCUACGAAAUCUUGGACUUGGGGCCAUUUCAAUUAGUGGCAAAAUGACCCAGCCAAGGAGACUUGAAGCCUUGAAUCAGUUUAAGGAGGGAAAGUGCAAUAUUCUUAUAUGUACUAAUGUGGCAAGUAGAGGACUUGACUUUCCAUGCGUCGAUAUUGUCAUCAAUUAUGAUAUCCCUGAAAGCCCCAAGGAUUAUAUCCAUAGAGUGGGAAGAACUGCCCGUGCAGGACGACUGGGUGUUGCGAUCUCUCUAGUGGAUAGUUAUGAGCUGGAAUCCUUUUCAAAGAUAGAGAAUUGCCUCGGCAUGAAGUUUACAGAACUUCCUUUUCAACUAGAGGAAGCCUUGCUAUUGAUGGAGCGUGUUUCUGAGGCCAAAAGAAUAUCUCGAAGGAGAAUCCAAGAAUCUGGAAGCAAGGAAAAGAAGCGGGGAGGAGAUGAUGGUGACGAAGAUAUGGAGAAAUACUUGGGUGUCAAGAAUGGGAAGUUGUCAAAGAGGAUAAAAAAAUGAAUCUAACCGCUCUGGUGGCAGAUAAUGUUAGAAUUUUAAAGUUAUAGUUUUUUUUUUUUUAGUAGUUUUGUAAUAUAUAUGCAAAUUUUGUUUGGUGUAAGCGUUUUAACUCUCGUUUUUUUAAUUUUUAUAUAUCAUUUUUGAGGAAUGAUGUUGCAGCAAUCCAUGCAUUAAGAUUU